UUGGAGACGUCUUACCUGCCCACUGUCUGGUUGGCGAGCUGUCUCAUUCGGUUGAACUGCUUCUUCAUCUUGUCUUCUUCUGCGCCACACAAGCGCCGCAGAUCUCAUGGAUGAUGCACGCCUAAACAUCCGCGCCGCCGCGCACGGACGAGCCCACGCAGCCGGCGACCGUUCCUCCCAUCAUGGCGACGACGAGGGCGGCGUGUGUCCGACCGUCUGCCGCCGUGCUCCGCUGCUCCGGAGGUGCAGAUGGACCGAAUGUGCGUGUCUCUCUCUGCUGGACGACUGACAGCUCGCUGGAGACGAGACGCUGUCCCCCGGUGCAUCAUGGGAAGCGGAGUUCAAUACACACGUCAUGCUCGACACAUGAUCAGCCCAAAUGUUGAACUAAAUACAUGUUUGUUUUACUCAACACGUAUGCAAACCUUUAAGUAGCCUUCGUAAGCAAGUCGUCAAACAAAACCUUGCAUUCCAACCACAAUAGCAACCUUAUAGAAACAAUACUGAUUAACAAUUGAGCACUAUUAUCUUGUAGAGGCAGAAUGUUUGACAAAAAAAGCGCAACCGUAUAGAAUGUCUUGUUUAUACAAGAAAUGAGUACCUUCAAAACUGCAGUUACAUAGCAGCAUCCUGUGGGAGGGCGCCAGCGAGUCAAAGUAAACUCUGGAGGAGGAGCAUGAGAAGAAGAAGAAGAAGACUAAGUGUCGCCGUCUUGCACUCAAGUUAACUUGUUGAAUGACAGCAAAUCUAACUUUUUCACCAUUCUACCAAUUUUUCUGUAACUGUGACAGUUUUUUUUUAAUCCCGGUGACAACUUUGCCAGACUUUGUCUCACCGCUGCGUCGUCUCUGUGUGGUUAAAGCCGAAAAAUGCGGGACCGAACUCUGGAGUUGGGAAACAAAGGAGAUGCCUCAGACGAGGACGAUGAAGGCAAGUCCCUUAUGAUCAAACCUGGAACCUCUUCGGCCAAAGAGGAGAAGGAAAAUGAGAACUUCUUUAAAAAGGUACAAGAAAUCCAUGAGGGUCUGUACAGUCUAAAGAAGAUGGUUUCUGACCUUGAGAACAAACAGAAGACUGUGCUGGGUGUGGCCCUGCCAGAGGAGGGCAUGAAGAAGGAGCUACAGACUCUACGGGAUGAGAUCAAAACCUUGGCCAGUCAGAUCCAGCGGAAACUGAAGAGUAUCGAGCCCAAGAAGGGAGAGGACGACGCCAAGUAUGUGCCCGUCAACACUCGCAUGCAGCGCACUCAGCACGGCGUCCUGUCCAGGGAGUUUGUGGAGCUGAUGGGUCACUGCAACACCAUCCAGGCCCAGUACAGAGACCGCAACGUGGAGAGGAUACAGAGACAACUGAAAAUCACCGGCACCAACGUGACGGACGAGGAGCUGGAUUCGAUGCUGGAAAGCGGGCAGACGGACGUUUUCACUCAAAAUAUCCUGAUUGAUGCCAAAGCCACGAGACAAGCUCUGAAUGAGAUCGAGUCGCGGCACGAUGAGAUCCUGAAGCUGGAGCGGAGCAUCAGAGAUCUCCACGACAUGUUCCAGUACCUGGCCAUGGAGGUGGAGGCUCAGGGGGAGAUGGUGGACCAGAUCGAGCACAACAUCAAGCAGUCAUCCAACUAUGUGGAAAAAGCCAAGGACAACACGGAGAAAGCCGUCACGUAUCAGCAGAAAGCCCGCAAGAAAAAGAUCUGGAUCGCAAUUUGUUUGGCCAUCCUCAUCCUCAUCCUCGCCAUCUCACUGGCCACCACCUUCUCCUGACCAGAUGGCAGGACGUUUUUGGUCAGCUAGGAGUCCGUCAUCAUUUAACGCUUCUUCCUGUUGCUUGUCCCCCGUAAAUGUCUCAGCAAUCCCUGGAGGACCAGGACCAGGACUGUUACAGCCCCACCCUCGGCGCCCCCUCAGACUGUACCCUGAGUGGCGCAGAUCCUUGAGUACUCAGGAACACGUGGCGGUUUAUGAACAAAUAGUUUUAUAGGGAGGCUCUUUUAUAAUUCAUUGUACAUAAUGUAUGGGUGCUGUCACACAAACAUUUUACAGCCUUCAUGUAAAUACACUCUUUGGAUUUUAAAAGCUUCACAAACCAGUUUUUGUAUUUAUGGUUUGAACUUGGAUGUGUGAGCUGCUAGACGACACAUGAACUUCAAAACACGUGGUGGUGCGAGCGUGAUGUCGUGCACUGAAAUAGCGGAGAAGGGAAGAAGUCAAACAUUUCCUCUUGCGUUCCGUCGGCGAGGACGGACUCGUCCUCUAGGCGGUCUCUGCGGUUACAAUGAGACAACUUUGAGUCUUGUAUUACUGAGAGUUUGGGUUUAAAAUAAAAUGCUGCCAUCUUCUAUUAUCGUGUUGGAAGUUUGUUUAAACGCAGCGGGUCCAAAAUGUUUCACAUUACCGUACCCCUUCAUAUAUUUGACCUGGAGCCAUGGACCACAUUGGCAUCUUUCUCUGAAUUAUUCAUCACCUGGUUCAUAUAUUUAAUUGUACACAUUACAUUUUAAAUCAUUUAUGACUUAAAGAAUUAAUGCAAUAAUAAAAAAUGUAAGUUUAACUUAAAUGUAAUUAAAUGUAUUUUUAAAUAAAAUGUAACGUUACUCUGAAUCAUUCCUCACCUUAAUAUAACAUUACAUUUUAAUUUAAUUAUUUUAAGAAAUGUAUUAAAUGUGUAUAAUUCAUUUAAUGUA